GUUCCGUGCACCAAUCGUCGACAGAAGCUGCCUGCAUCCUAUGUAAACACUAGCAUAUUUCCUCUAUUUUAGCUAACUUUUCGCAACGCGAUGAUUAAACAACCCGUGUUGGCCGAGCUGCAAUACUUUGUUAGCAGCGUUUCCCUGCUGUACAAGGGAAUUCCGCUGAAAGACCCGGCUGCCCUAGUUAAAUGCAGCUUGCACCUGUUGGAGGAUCUUCCAUCGACGCGGGACGCUGUGUUCGAGUACUUCUCGCUCGUGUUCAACGGUGCCGUGAAAGCCUAUCUGAACAAUGUCGAAAAAAACAACGCAGACCGAUCGCAGGAAGACGACGCCGUGCAGGAGAUCCAUGAAGCAUUGGAGCGUUUGGUGACGACAGGUCCUCCAGCAUGGUCCCCACUCAUAUCGUCCUGGUGCCUGCGGCUACUGGGGGAAAUUUGCGACAAGCACAGCCGCCGUCGUCCACUGGACAUCCGAAUGUCCUGCAACUUGUGGCUCGGCUGCAACGCUAUUCGCUGUCUGAUGGGCCUAACGGCGCUUUGCUUUAGUAAGCUGGAUGAUAAAGAGAUUGACGCAUGCAUCAGCGGUCUGCUAAAUACGUUCGCCCAGUAUUCGCCGUAUUUCGACUGGGUUGUUGCUCGGUUGGGCGGUUGCUUCCCCUCCCGGGUGAUCACGAAGAUGCUGUUCUGUGGAUUGAGACGGUUUACCGGUGAGUACGACCAGGUCGACUCCGAGGUAGAGGUUCUAAGUUAUCUGGCAGCAACCAACGAGAAUGAUCUGCGUGCCGCCCUCAGGGAAAUUAUCGAACGGGAAACCAACAACAAGCUGACCGUACCGUAUUUGUUGCAUCUGUCGAAAAACUCCGAAGUGUUGGCCCAGGCGCUGGUGGUUGUGUUUUUAGAGAAUUAUAACGAUAAUCAUCUGCACGUAAUAAAAGUUCAAUCGAAAUUUUGGCCCGCCAACUACAGCACCGCUAAUGUUAUUCACAUCGUCACUAAUCUCUUGCUCAAGGUUAAGAAAAGUUCGAUCCAAGUACUGCUAACAUUGCCACGAAUAGCGGAAAAAUACUCCUGGUGUCAGGAGCUGCUGGAGAUGCUUUUUGUAGAGCUGGAAACGAUCGUGCUGGAGAAACGCUCUUGUCCCCUGCUGGAGGACGCCGUGAAGGAUACCUCCAGAGAGCUACUGUGGCGUACCUGUCUCAGUGAAUGUCCGCUGGCACAGCAGAGCGCUGUCCGUUUGAUACUGCUUGCCAGCCUCAAAUCGUCCUACUUCUUGCAGCAAUCGAUCGCACAGAUACUGAGCGCUUCCUCCGGUGGUGCGUCAGCUUCCGCCAGUAAACCGCACCUGAACGCUUUGGCCCGUCUACUCGGUGGUCCGCACGGUUCGGCCGAAUUUCCAAAGAUGAAACCCGGGUUCGAAAUCGCACUGGAACGAAUGCUUCUCUAUCCGACCGGUCGCAAUCAGGAAAACUUCAACACCCUCCGUAAUCUGGUUGAGAUUGUUAAGCUCGAGCGGGAUUCGUUCAAUGUGCAUCUGAAAAAAACGAAUUGCGUUGCAAUGCUGCAAGAGCUACUGCCCAAGCUGCUUUCCGUGUGGGAUGGUCUGAUGGGUCAGGAAAGAAGUGUGUCAGCUCCGCAGGAGCAGUACGAGCAAGGGCAAAAGCAAGACGAACCUGUGGUUAAGACCGAAUCAAAACGAAUCAAACGGGAAGAUGGUGGAACGGAACCAAUGGAUACCGGGGAGGUCACUGAUCCGGAUAACCGAUGCACUGUGCUCGCGCAGAUUCAUAUGAUGGCCAAGCUGAUCGAUUGCAUGGAGAUGCACGCAAAAGUUUACGUGUUCACAAUGUCGGAAACGCUUAAGUUGUCCCAGCUGACCGUGCGGUAUUUCUUCGUCUGUCUGGAACAGGCACGCAUCGGAGGUGCUCUCACCUCCGAAGAAGACGAUUCAAAUCUCCACCGCUGCUAUCAGCUUCUAUCGCGGCACAGUGCCACGCGGAAAGCUGCAAGAACGGCUGCUUUGCGUGACAUUCUGGAGGGAGCCCUUUUUCUGUAUGGGAAUCUGUUUGGAUCGCAAACCGAAAGUGACUCAGUUGAUUACAGCAGACCGGAUGAGCUGCUUAUAAAGCUGAAUCAGAAACAGGGUAUAGCGAUGAACGCCGCUCGUUUAUCGGUUCUUCACGCUGGAAUAAUUGGUCUGGGCCCGAAGCAGCCAGUCAAAUCAGCCGAUGGACCCGAAGUGGAAAUGCAGAAUCGUCUGAUCAGUGCCAUCGUGGCCUGCUGUCAGGACGUCGACCAUCAGAACACGAUUGAUGGUUACAGCUAUUUGUCACUGCUAUUAGUAGAGUUGGUUUCUCCGGAUGUCAUGUACAAUGGACUUCCCUGGCCGGACGAAGAGUUCACCAAGGUAACGAUGGAGCGCGAUCUGCAGAUUAGGCGCGUGUUUCGCAACUGUCCGAUACUGUGGUCAAUACUGGGACUAAUCGCCUGCUACCGGCCAGCACUUUGCUACAGUUCGGUACUGCUGCGGGCUUUGUGUGCUUCCGCGCUGCACCAGUGGCGUUCGAAAUCUGCCGAAACGAUGAACGGUCAAAAGACGGAGCUGAUGUACGUCACCACCAAGCUGCUGGAGCUGAUGGCUCUCGGGCAACUGCUGCCGCCUCCGCUCAGCUAUUUGCAUAUCGUACUGCCCUACCUGGACGCCGGCGAGAUCGUCUACGUCCUGAAGGAGUGCGUGUGGAACUACAUGAAGGACCACGUCCCAUCGCCGGUUCUGUUCGUGUGCGACCCAACCGGCUUCCACUGGCGAGAUCCACAGACUUCCCGACCCCCGCCCCAGUAUACCAACCCGCUACGACACACGAUGCAACGCAAACUGGACCGGCUGGGGCACCUGUACCAGCAGAUGUUCUUCGGACCGGAACUGCGCGAUCCAAGCUUACUGAACCCACCUCCGCAACCGUCUCCAGUGGUAUUGGUGAAUGGACUCGGGGGUCCGCAGCAGUUACCGCUACCCCACGCUACUGCAAACGGCAAUGGAUUACCUCCGGUGGUGGCACCCGGAGCACCGAACGGCAACGGACACCAUCUGGGUAUUAACAAUAGUGGUCCCGUGCUGCUGGGACCCGUCGUUACGAUCGAUUAAGGAACCGUACGGUAAGUACGGAAACACAUUCUGUAUGGCUGUAAAUAGGCGUGCGGUCAAAUUUUAUGGACACAGUGAAGCAAAAAAAAAACAGUUAGUUAAACUAUUC